UUGUGCCGCGUCACUGCCGUGCGACUUCCUACAGGCGGUAGCCGCGAGCGUUGUGUGGUCGAAGUCGGUGUCUCUGCACGAGGAGUGAAGAUGAGCAAAGCGCACCCGCCCGAGCUUAAGAAGUUCAUGGACAAGAAGCUAUCAUUAAAAUUAAAUGGUGGUAGACAUGUCCAAGGAAUUCUACGAGGAUUUGACCCAUUUAUGAACCUGGUGAUAGAUGAGUCCACAGAGGUGUCGGGAAGCGGGCACCAAAACACAAUUGGCAUGGUAGUUAUACGAGGAAACAGCAUUAUAAUGUUGGAAGCAUUGGAAAGAGUAUAAUAGUCAAGAUGGACUGACCAAACCCUUUACUAGGUCCCAACCCUCAGUGAUUCUGUAGAAGACUAGCACCUAGAUGUGUGACCUGCUUCUUACUUGUGUUGUGUACUGUCUUUUCUCUUUUGUAUUAAAAGUUUUCAGUUAAA